AUGGGAAUAUUCUGCGAAAUAAACUUAUUCAAACCAUGUGAUGGAGUAUUUAUUGCUGGGAGUACAGUUAGAGGAAUGAUAAGAUAUGCUGUAGACAAAGAAAUGACUUGCACUCAAAUUACUGUGUCUUUAAAAGGUAAAGGUGAAUUGAGAUUACGGAGAAAAGACAAUGACAAGAGCGAGCAGCAAACCUACUGGAGUAGAGAAGAAUACCUAGAUAUAAACAAUGUAAUUACAGAAACAGGUAAAAACACUGUAAUUCCAAUAGGGUCGUAUGAGACGCCGUUUAAUUUUCAAUUGCCAUACAACAUUCCGCCGACGUUUCACUACUCGAAUAGCACCUUUCCGUACGAUAUCUAUUCUAAUAUUCGAUAUCAUGUCUGCAUCAAAUUUGAGAGACCCGGCUUUUGGAAAUUUAAUAAAAAUUUCAAAAAAGAUAUUAUUGUGGAAUCUGGAAUAUCUCCGAGGCUACCACUCGAACCUGUUAUAUACGGAGAGCAGAAAAAGUUAAGGCAGUUGUUUAGCCGUAAGAAUAGUAUUGUUACCAUAAAAGCUAGUGUAGCUAAAUCAGUAAUUGCUCCUGGUGAGAAAGUAGAGUUGGAAUAUGAAGUAACAAAUGAUACGAACGUUACUGUGAAAGCGGUGGAAAUAAAAAUUGUGGAAGAGUUUAAAUUCACAACUAAAUCCCGAACAGCGACACAAAAUUGUGACGUCCCGCAAACGGAAUCCAAAACGGGGUCGAUUAGACCCAACGAAAGUCUAGCAAUGCGUGUUGACAUUGUUGUACCUCCAAACAGGAAAUCACUUGAUUUCUCUAAAAUUGUAGCGAGAGAUUAUUUUGUGCUUAUAACUGUGGAGCUCCCUUUUCCACAUUUUAAUGCAAGGCUACAAAUUCCUAUUCAAAUUGGCAACACUGAGGAGAGCAACUAUCUCCAGCCGCCUCCGCCUCCGUCCUACUGGGAAGCGAUGGGCGAAGAUGAAAAAGAUGACAAAGACUAUGGAAAAGAUGUCAAAGAUUAA